GCCAAAUGUGCGUAUGUCAUCAUCAUCAUGGCUGUGUACUGGUGCACUGAAGUGGUCCCACUGGCUGUUACCUCCCUCAUGCCGGUGGUAUUUUUCCCUCUGCUUGGAGUUCAGAGCUCUAAAUCGGUGUGCUUGCAGUACCUAAAUGACACAAACAUGCUCUUCGUUGGAGGGCUGAUUGUUGCAAUUUCUGUUGAACAGUGGAAUCUUCACAAAAGGAUUGCGCUGAGGGUCCUGCUGAUUGUUGGGGUGAAACCUGCACUCCUCAUGCUGGGGUUUAUGGUAGUCACUGCCUUCCUGUCCAUGUGGAUAAGUAACACAGCCACCACUGCUAUGAUGGUUCCCAUUGUCCAGGCUGUCCUGGAUCAAAUGGACAACACGGAGCAUGAUGUGACCAUGAUGGAACAAGCAACCGGACAAGCAAAUACCGUGAUUGAGCUGGAGGAAAAGAAUGCAUCAGAUCCCACUUCAGUGCAUGUCAUGAGCAAUGGACAAGUCCCUGAUGACCCCAGAUCUUCUGAGGAAAAGAAAAUGAGGAAACGUGUAUGUAAGGGAAUGACACUUUGUGUAUGCUAUGCUGCCAGCAUUGGAGGAACUGCAACGCUCACUGGAACAGGACCAAACAUGGUGUUGAAAGGCCAGAUGAAUCAGUUAUACCCCAACAAUAAUGAUAUUGUGAAUUUUGCUUCCUGGUUUGGGUUUGCAUUCCCAAACAUGAUUCUGAUGUUGGUACUAGCUUGGCUUUGGCUACAGUGCUCCUUCAUGGGACUCAACUUUAAAAAAAGCUGGGGCUGUGGGACAGAGAGAACUGCUAAAGAAAAAGCUGCAUACAACGUGCUGAAGGCAGAAAUGAAGAAGUUGGGCCCUAUCUCUUAUGCUGAAUUCAAUGUCCUCAUAAUGUUUGUUUUGCUGGUUCUCUUGUGGUUUUCCAGACACCCAGGCUUUGUAAAAGGCUGGGCCACCAGCCUCUUCCCAGAAGGAGAAAAGUACAUCACUGAUUCUGCUCCAGCUAUGUUAAUUGCGCUGCUACUGUUUAUCCUUCCUGCUGACACAAAAUUCAUAGGCUGGAAUCCAAGCAUGUCUGACCCUGAACAGGCUGAAGAAGAUAUAAAAAAACCAUUUUUAUCAGCCCCGCUGCUAGACUGGAAUGUGGUUCAGAGGAAGAUGCCCUGGAGCGUUGUGCUGCUGCUGGGAGGAGGUUUUGCUUUGGCUGAUGCAAGCGCAAACUCUGGGCUCUCAGCUUGGCUGGGUCAUCAAAUGACUCCACUAGGAUCCAUCCCACCGUGGGCCAUUGCAACAGUACUUUCACUUAUUACAGCUGUCUUCACCGAAUGCACCAGUAACGUUGCCACAGCCACCCUCUUCCUACCUGUCUUCUCAUCCAUGGCUACAUCUGUCAAGAUCCAUCCUCUGUACGUUAUGCUGCCUGGAACUCUCAGUGCUUCCUUUGCCUUCAUGCUGCCUGUUGCAACGCCGCCGAAUGCAAUAGUGUUUUCGUAUGGUCACAUCCGUGUGUUGGAUAUGGUUAGGUCUGGAAUAGUGAUGAACAUCAUUGGAGUCUUCUGUGUCACACUGGCCAUCAACACAUGGGGAAGACCCAUGUUUGAGCUGGACACAUUCCCAGCCUGGGCAAACAGCACAGCUAACCACUGAGCAGUGAAGAAUUCAGGUGUUAAACAAGGAAAGGACGAUUAAUGCUACUCCCUGUUGCCCCAAGCCCUAUAUAGAGUUUCAUCACCACUUCAGAUCGAGUGUCGGGUGUUUGCUGCCUUCUGGGAGUCACGCAUCAGUUCAGGCGUGAACCAACACAACUUUUCUCUGGUCAUGCUGG